AUGGUGGAGAAGCGCUGCCCGUUGCAGAGGGACGGCGUGUACCGCUGGUUCUCGGAGCUGCCGUCGCCGCAGCGCGUAGAGUUCCUCUGCGGCCUGCUGGACCUGUGCAUCCCGCUCGAGCUGCGCUUCCUCGGCUCGUGCCUCGAGGACCUGGCCCGCAAGGACUACCACUCGCUGCGCGACUCGGAGAUCAAGGCGAACAACCCGGCCGACCUGGGCAGCCUCACCAACCUGACAGACGAGGUGGUGCGCAGCAAACUGCUCGUGUCGCUGGCGCUGCUGGGCUCGGAGCAGCGCGAGGCGGCGGGCGUGCUCUACCGCACGCUCACGCACAUCGACUCCAUCAUCCACAACUACGGGCUGCAGCUCAACGAGGGCCGCACGGGCGAUGAGUUCCUGCUGCUCUUCACCAUGGCCUCCAACCACCCGGCCUUCAGCUUCCACCAGAAGCAGGUGCUGCGCCAGGAGCUCACGCAGAUCCAGAGCAGCCUGAGCGGCGGCGGCGGCGGCGGCGGCGGGGGCCCCGGGGGCAAGAGCGCGCUGCCCACAUGCCCGGCCUGCCACAAGGUCACUCCCAGGACGGAGACCCCCGUCAGCAGUGUCGGUAACAGUUUGGAGAACGCCCUGCACACAUCCGCGCAUUCCACUGAGGAGUCGCUGCCCAAGAGGCCUGGAGGGAAGCACUCCAGAGUGAGUGUUGAAAAGAUAGACCUGAAGGGAUUAUCACACAAAAAAAAUGAAAGAAAUGUUGAAUGUUCCUUUGAGGUCUUGUGGUCUGAUUCUUCAAUAACAUCAGUAACCAAAUCUUCCUCUGAAGUGACUGAAUUUAUUUCAAAGUUAUCUCAGCUGUAUCCUGAAGAAAAUUUGGAGAAAUUCAUUCCUUGCUUAGCUGGCCCAGAUUCAUUUUAUGUAGAGCGAAACCACAUGGAUCUGGAAGCGGACCUGAGGUAUUUGGCUUCAUUACCUUCUCACAUAUUAAAAAAUGACCAUGUUAAGAAAUUUUUCAGCACUUCAUCUCCCACCCAACAGCUUCAAAGUCCAAGUCCUGGCAACCCUUCCCUGUCUAAAGUCGGUACCAUGAUGGGCGUGUCUGGAAGGCCUGUGUGCGGAGUGGCCGGCAUCCCGUCCUCUCAGGGCGGCGCCCAGCAUCACGUGCAGCACCCGGCCAGCACGUCCGCCUUGCCCCACUGCUCGCAUGCGGGGGGUGCAGGCUCAGCUCUGGCCUACCGGACCCCGAUGGACAGCUCGCCCGCUAUCUUGAUGCCUUCCAGCCUGCAGGCCCCGCAGACCCAGGAGCAAAAUGGGAUUUUAGACUGGCUUCGGAAACUGCGUUUGCACAAGUACUACCCCGUCUUUAAACAGCUCACUAUGGAGAAGUUUCUGAGCCUCACGGAAGAAGACCUAAAUAAGUUUGAGUCCCUCACCAUGGGAGCCAAGAGGAAACUCAAGACCCAGCUGGAGCUGGAGAAGGAGAAGUCAGAGAAACGGUGCCUGAACCCCUCGGCCCCUCCCCCAGUCAGCAGCAGUGGAGUGGCCCGCGUUCCCCCCACCAGCCACGUGGGGCCUGUGCAGCCGGUGCGAAGCAGCCAUGCUGCAGCGCUGCGGGUGGAGGUGGCGCAGCCCCCGCACCAGACGGCCCGGGAAGGCAGCUCCUCCGAGUGUUCCAGCUCCUCGCCCAGCCCGAUGGGCGUGCAGGCGCGGGAAGAGAGCUCGGACAGCGCAGAGGAGAACGACAGACGUAAGCACGGCCCGCGCGGCCCGCGCUGUGCUGCCGCCCCGGCCUGCGGAAGCUGUGCUGAUUUCACUUCAAGUUCCGCCAGGCCCACAGCCCAGGUCCUCCCCGUGCAGAACGAAGCAGGCUCCAAUCCGUCGGGCCACCACCCGCUGCCCCCGCAGAUGAUGACGGCGGCCUCGCACAUCGCGCCCAUCCGGAUGCUGAACUCUGUGCACAAGGCGGAGAGGGGGGGCGCGGACAUGAAGCUCCUCUCGUCCUCUGUGCACUCGCUGCUGUCUCUCGAGGAGCGCAGUAAAGUCUCUGGACCAAGAAGUGGCAUCAAAGUGGACAAGAGCUUUGGCAGCACCAUGAUGGACAUGCUACCCGCGUCCACCCCCCAUCAGCCCAUGCAGGUCCUUUCUGGACUCACCGAGAGCAGCUCUGUGUCGCCCACCGUCUCCUUUGGUCCCCGCACCAAAGUCGUCCACGCGUCCGCCCUCGACAGGGUGAUGAAGCCGGCACAGCAGCCGGCCCUGGUGGUGGAGACCAGCACUGCUGCCGCAGGGACGUCCAGCACCGUCUUCCAUGUGGCUCGGCCACCCAUCAAACUUCUGGUGUCUUCAUCUGUCCCUGCAGAUUCUGCCGUGUCUGGGCAAACCUCCUGUUCCGGCAACGUGCAAAUAAGCGUGCCCCCUGCCAUAAUAAACCCUCGGACUGCUGUGUACACAGCCAACACCAAAGCUGCCUUCUCUGCGAUGAGCAGUGUGCCCGUGGGCCCCCUGCAGGGCAGCUUCUGCGCAAACAGCAACACUGCCUCUGCCAGUAGCCACCCUGCCACGUCCUUUGCAAACAUGGCCACCGCGCCCAGCUGCCCCGCCCCCAGCUCCAGCCCCGCGCUCUCCUCGGUCCCCGACAGCAGCUACUACGGCGGCGGCGGCGGCGGCGGCGGCGGCAGCGGUGGCGGCUCCCCCGGAAAUCUCCCCACCUCGGCCCAGAACCACCACCACCACCACCACCAUCAGCAGCAGCCCGCGCCCCAGCAGCCCGCGCCCGCCCCGCCCCCCGGCUGCGUCGUGUGCACGUCCUGCGGCUGCAGCGGGAGCUGCGGCUCCAGCGGCCUAACCGUCAGCUACGCCAACUACUUUCAGCACCCGUUCUCGGGGCCGUCCGUCUUCCCCUUCCCGUUUCUGCCGUUCAGCCCCAUGUGCGGCAGUGGCUACGUGGGCGCCCAGCAGUAUGGCGGCGGCGCCUUCCCGGUCGUGCACUCGCCCUACAGCAGCGGCGUGGGCCCCGAGCCCGUGCUGGGCGGCCAGUCGGCCUUCACCGUCCCGCCUGUGCAGAACUUCAUGGGGGCGGCGGGUGUCUACCAGGCCCAGGGCUUGGUGGGCAGUAGCAACGGCUCCAGUCACAAAAAGAGCGGGAAUCUGUCGUGUUACAACUGUGGGGCCACCGGUCACCGCGCUCAGGACUGCAAGCAGCCGUCCAUGGACUUCAACCGGCAAGGUACUUUUAGGUUGAAAUAUGCCCCUCCAGCAGAAAGUCUGGACUCCACAGAUUGA